ACAAAAAGAGAAAAGAGUGAGGGUUGGUGUGUAAGACACUAGGACGCUGUUCGGUUCUCUGUAUAAGGUCACUGAUACGGCGUAGUUCCAUUCUUCUCUCUUCUUUUUAUUUUCAGUAUAAACCCUAAUCUCUAAAAUCGUCAAAAAUCUUCUUCUUUUCUCUUCUUUCCGUUUCUUUGCUCUCUCUAUUCUCUUACACAGUAACGUAAAGUCGUAAAACCCAUUCUCCCUAUAGACGCGUUUUGCCAGCGGACUCUUUGAUUUCGGUUUCGCGUUCUCACUGCUUGAGGUGAAAGUUUUCUGUCGCCCUCCUCGAAUUCUUCUCCGAAACCGGAAUUGAACUUUGGUUUUCCUCUUUUUGACUUCAGGGGACAAUUUUAAUUGGUGACGUAAUCAUUGCAUUGUGAUUGAGUAAAGUUCUACCAACUCUCAACCUCAUGGCUGGAUUGUUGCUUGGUGAUGCUUCUCAUCAUGGAACACAGCAAGGUGGUUCUCAAAGAUACUCUCAAGAGAAACCAGAGGAUGGCUCUCGCUGGUACUUUUCUAGGAAGGAGAUUGAGGAAAAUUCACCAUCCAAAAACGAUGGCAUAGAUUUAAAGAAAGAAACUUACCUACGCAAAUCAUACUGCACAUUUCUGCAAGAUUUAGGCAUGAGACUUAAAGUACCUCAGGUGACUAUUGCAACAGCAAUAAUAUUUUGUCAUCGGUUCUUUCUUAGGCAGUCCCAUGGAAAGAAUGACAGAAGGACAAUUGCAACAGUGUGUAUGUUUCUUGCUGGGAAAGUCGAAGAAACUCCUCGCCCACUAAAAGAUGUAAUUCUUGUUUCAUAUGAAAUUAUUCAUAAGAAAGAUCCAGCAGCUGUCCAGAGAAUAAAACAAAAGGAAGUGUAUGAACAGCAGAAAGAAUUAAUUUUACUUGGAGAGAGGGUUGUUCUUGCAACUCUUGGUUUUGAUCUUAAUGUGCACCAUCCUUAUAAACCUCUUGUUGAGGCAAUUAAGAAAUUCAAAGUUGCUCAAAAUGCCCUUGCUCAAGUGGCAUGGAAUUUUGUAAACGAUGGACUUCGGACGUCUCUUUGCUUGCAAUUUAAGCCCCAUCACAUUGCAGCUGGAGCAAUAUUCCUUGCGGCCAAGUUCCUCAAGGUGAAGUUGCCGUCAGAUGGUGAGAAGGUCUGGUGGCAGGAGUUUGAUGUCACCCCACGCCAAUUGGAGGAAGUGAGUAAUCAAAUGUUGGAGUUAUAUGAACAAAAUCGAAUGCCACCUUCAAAUGAAGUUGAAGGAAGUACAGGAGGUGGGGUUGCCAGUCGGCCCACCACAAAAGCUCCAACUAGCAAUGAUGAACCUGCAACCACAAAUAGUAAUUCCCAGACAUCUAGACCUGAAUCAUCAAAGCCUGUGUCUUCAAAGCCUGCACUUGAUUCUUUCACUUCGAAUCACAGUGGACGACCCAUCUCAAAUCAUGGUAGAAAUAGUGAUUAUGGGAAUUCAGAAAUGAAGCACAGGAUGGAAGAUGAUGCCAAAGGUAAUCAACAUCCCGAGUGGGAAUCUCUACCGUAUAAGGAAAAUUCACAUGAAGGUCCAGACAUUGGAAGAUCUCGAUCAGAUAAUGGUGAGAAAGAUGAUCACAGAGAAGGUACAUUUGUCCGGCCACCCCAGGAUGCUAUAAAAAAAAUUGAUAGAGACAAGGUAAAGGCUGCGUUAGAGAAGCGAAGGAAAGCAUCCAGUCAUAUAACUAAGAAGAUGGAUUUCAUGGAUGAUGAUGAUCUCAUUGAGAAGGAACUGGAAGAGGGAAUUGAGCUGGCUCCUCAGAGUGAGAAGAAUAAGCAGGAAAGGAGGCAAAGCUGGUCUAAGCCCUCAGACAGAUCAGACUAUGACAAUAUGCAUGGAAGGCAUCAAGAUCAUGCCGAUGAGCAUCCUCAUGGGACAAAGGGUCUGUCAUCUUCAAACGAACCAGAUCCAAGUGCUGUGGAAGAAGGCGAGGUGUCAGCACUUGAUGACAUGAGUUUAGGGCUGUCUCCCAAGUCGGGGAACCGUAAGAGGAAAGCAGGGAACUCACCACGGCAUAAUUAUGGCUCUGGAUCUCACCACAACAAUCGUCUCGAUUACAUGGAAGAUCGAAACAAGGUCAGUCGACUAAGCCAUACUGAGAGGGAUAGCAAAAGGCACAUACAGGAAAACCAUGUUUGAGCAUGUUUUUCCAUGGCUGUAUGUGUAUUUGGUUAUUUUUCCGAAAUUUGUUCGGUGCACACUUGUGCUGCUUAGCAAACAGCGAAAGAUACCUUAACCCAAGUUUGUUGGAAGGGCGUCAUUUUGUCAACUUAUGGGCAUAUUGAGGGCAAAAUGUACAAUAGAAGUUAAGUGUUUAUAUAGAUUAAAAUUGGACUUUAGUAUGUCCAUUUUCCUGCAAGAUCAUCCGUGUUGCUAGUAAAGAUGGUGAAUCGAGGAAUCAGAUAGAGGGAAAUCGUUCCUCUCUCCUGUACCUAAGAGGUGGGAUAGUCAUGGGAAAUGAAUAUUUGGUUUAAUAACUUAGAUGUAGGAAGUAAAAAUGAAAUUAUUUAGUGCUAUCUAUAAAUUGUUUGCACCACUAUGGGACUGAUCAGAUUGUGCCUGGAACAAAAUUUAACAGCGAUUUUUUUCCCUCUCUAAGAUGGGCUGUGUAAAGUUAAACACAGGUCUAAUUAAUGAUAGAAUAUUGUUCUAGAGAAGAGAGAUUAACACUAAAUUAUUG